UUUAAAAAUAUUUAAAAAACUAUUUACAAGUACUCAUACUUCCAUGCUCUUUCAUAUUCUUCUCCAAUCUUCUAGAGUAGUCCAAAACCUUCUUAGUGUGGAAGAUUGAACCUCAAUGUGACAUUCUCCCCCACCUAAUUCAUGACGCCCUCGCCGUGGCAUUUGAUGGAUGCCUCCCUCCUACUAGCCUCGUUGGUACUUACUUCCCUUGUCUAAGCUCACAUUGCCAACCAAGACUUGAGUGAUCUAGAUGUCUCUUUAGAUAUAUGGGUAUCAUGCACAAUUUUCCUUCUUUGAAGAUGAUCAUUGAAUUUUAAAGGGGAUCAAGACAAACUUCUUUCUCUCCAUAAACUCCAUACCGAUGAUGACUGAAUAAUCGCCCAUCAGCACUACAUGAAAGUCCACAACUCUAACGCAUUCUCCAAGUGUUAUUGGCACCUUAUGAGCAACUUUGUGUCUGGGCAAGAUCUUGAAUGCAUCACUGUUAUAGCUCCAACCUUGGUAGUAAGCUAUCUAGAAACGCGAACAAGGCCUCCUUGUACGGUAAAUCAUAUAUUUCAAGGAUAAAUUUGGAGAACUCCCUUACUUAACCAAAAAUUUCUUCCUUGUGAGCAAGUUACCUCAUUCAUUGAUGUGGGUGUCCAUUCGGGUUCGGUUUUUCGGGUUUACCCGAAACCGACCCGAUUAUAUACAUUUUCGGUUUUUCGUGUUCGGGUUCGUUUUGGGUUUUUCGGUUUCGGGUUCGGUUUUGCUUAUCGGUUUUUCGGGUUCCGGCUAAAAACCUCCAAUGAAUAGAACUCAACCCGUAUUCUUAGGCGUUCGGGUUUUCGGAUUUUGGUUUUGCUUUAACCAAAUCCGAACCCGAUAAGGAAUUUUCGGGAAACCAGAACCCGCAAGUCCUUAUCGGGUUCGGGUUCGGUUUUAGUGGUUUUCGGUUUCGGGUUUUCGGGUAACCGAACCCGACCCGAACUGACACCCCUAAUCAUUGACCUUGCUUCAAGCUUUGCAUUCUUGGGGUAGAGUUGCUUCUUAAUAUCCCUCUUGAAUUUGUCCAUGUCUCUACGAUGCACGUUCCUUUAUCGACAUCGCCUCGGCAUUCGCCAUAACAUUGCGGUGGCCACCAAAUAAAGAGAUGCAAAACGUACCUUGGCAUUCUCAUUUUGAAUACCUAAAGCUUCAAAGUGUUUCUCUAAGCUCCAUAGGAAGUUUUCUAACUCCCUUGUAUUCCUCGACCAUCCAUAGCACUUCGAUUUUGAAACAUCCACACUUAAGGUAGAUUGUUCCACAACAGAUCAGUUAGUCAUGACCGUAUUUAGGAUAUUGACCUCUCCCUUUAGCUUCGUAACCUUGUCCUUCGCCAUAGCAAGCUUGCAUCAAAUCAUCUCUCUCAAUGACUCGACAUUGUUGUCUAGGAUACCAAGUAGUUUGUGAAGCCUCCAAACCCUCUUCCAAACCCACCAUCCGCUGCCCCGUCCCUCUCAUGCCAUCUUGGAGCUGCUCGAUACUUGCUUCCACUUCAAUAUAGCCUUGGAUUAUCACUUCGAACUUCUAACUUCACUCGAAUAGCUAUCAAUAUGAACGAGUAAGCUUUCAAAGUAGGUACCUCAAACCGUAUUCCAUACUUGGCCAAAAAAAAAUGCAUUGCUUGCUUCCACGAGGAGUGCUCUUCUUUAGACAGCAAUAACUAAUUAUAUAAGUAAGCUCUAAUUAACUCUUAAUCGUUUGAAAAAUCAUAUUAAAAUCUUGUCGUUGAAACCAAACGGCCAAAGAAAAUGGAACUUCUGUUAGAAGCCAGUAGCUACUAACAAGUCCAUCUCUCUCUGCUCUUUUACUUCCCUAGGACUUCGAAGUUGCAGUUUCUGAUUCGCUCCUUCUUUCUCUCGCCAUUUCCAGAAACUCGCAACCACUUAGACUUUUCUCUUCUCCCAGUCUAGGGUUUCUCCUUUCCCGUUUCCGUCUACUUUCCUCCAAUGGAUUCCUCGUAAUUGUUUUCCGCCCCGUUUUCCCCAAUGGCGGCCGCCACUUCCAGAGUUUUCACGGCUCGGCUGGAUUUGGAACUCCGCCCCCACCUCCUAGGCAUUUCUCCGUUCCUCGAUGGAAGCUCCUGGAGGAAGACGGCGAAGAAGAACAGCAGAGUCUGCGUUCAAUCAGGCCGGCGGCCUCCUCCGGUGACCACGAUUUCCUGUUGCUGCGCUGGCGCGGUCAUUCCUAUUCGGCGGAGUGCCGCCGCUUCGCGUAUUGGCGGGGACAAAGCCGAGGAGAAUAGUCCUCGCAAGCUGAGAAUGAGAGCUAAUAGUUCCGCAUUGCCGUUCGCUUCUCCUCAGUCUCGCUUCACCAAUAAGCAAGAGAAAUUUUAUCCUCGUUGUACUCCCAAAAACUCUGGCUCGCAGUCUCGAGAUACUCCGCCGCAGAGAGAUACUGGGAUUGCAAAUGAGAAGGACUGGGGGAUCAACCUGAAAAAUGAACUUGUUAAUGAGUCUGGGAUUAAUGAAGAUGGAAGUACUUGGUACCGGGAAAGUGGGGAAGACGUGGGAGAAAAGGGUUACAGAUGUAGAUGGACGACCAUGGGAGGCAAAUCACAGGAUGGUUCGUCACAAUGGAAAGAAACGUGGUGGGAGAAAAGUGACUGGACUGGAUAUAAAGAGCUUGGUGUGGAGAAAUCAGGAAAGAAUGCUGAAGGGGAUUCUUGGUGGGAAACAUGGCAAGAGGUGCUUCACCGAGAUAAAUGGAGUAAUUUGGCGAGAAUAGAGAAGAGCGCACAGAAGCAAGCUAAAUCAGGUACUAGAACGGCAGGAUGGUUCGAGAAAUGGUGGGAGAAAUAUGAUGCUAAGGGGUGGGCCGAGAAAGGAGCUCACAAAUAUGGUAGACUGAAUGAGCAGUCAUGGUGGGAGAAGUGGGGAGAGCAUUAUGAUGGUGGAUCCGUUCUCAAAUGGACAGAUAAAUGGGCCGAGACGGAACUGGGAACAAGGUGGGGAGACAAGUGGGAGGAGAAGUUCUUUGCUGGUAUAGGCUCACGGCAAGGAGAAACUUGGCAUGUUUCUGCAAAUGACCAACGUUGGACAAGGACGUGGGGGGAGGAACACUUCGGAAAUGGCAAAGUUCACAAGUAUGGAAGGAGCACCACUGGCGAAUCCUGGGACAUUGUUGUGGAUGAGGAAACAAUUUACCAGGCCGAGCCUCACUACGGAUGGGCCGACGUCGUAGGGGACUCUUCCCAGUUACUAUCAAUACAGCCUCGAGAUCGACCGCCUGGUGUUAUCCCAGACCUGGAUUUUGGGCCUUCUUCUUCUUCUUCUUCACCUCCAAGACCUGGGGAUACACCAGACAUUCCUCCUCCUUCAUCGCGAUGAAUCCAAUGACCGAAUCUUCCUCCAUUUCGAUUGGAUCCGAGGUCUGGUGUUCUUCAUUCAUCUCUUUUUGUUCUUCUUCCUUGUCGCUCAUUGUUGGUCUGGACAUUUCCUCUGUAAGAUAAGAAACAUUUUUUAUACUGAAUUCGGUUCAAUUUAUUUAUUUAUUCUUUGGAUGUCAAACUGGUAUCCUCUGUUGGGCCUCUUUCCAUUCUAUUUUCCACGUGCCCAGCUCUCAUUGGUUUGGUGCAAGCAACAAUUGGAUCUUACGCCUUAGGUGGCUAUUUGGUCCGGGCUUUUUGAUUUUACCCGAAACCGGACUGUAUAAUCCGGACCGAGAUCGGAUCAGGACCGGAUAGCAAACAAUCCAAUCUCUGGGUUUGGAUUUGAGAUAAAAAAAUUGUUUGGGACCGGACCGAAAACUGGAUAAAGACCAGAUAAGAUAGCCUAACGUUCAAAAUUUAAUCAACUCAUCACCUUUUUAGGCCUCAGGUUACUCAAAUUUUCACAAACUCAAUCUAUAAUCAAAACCAAAUUGGGAUCGGAUAAGUUCAAAAUCAUAUCGAAUCAAGACCGAACUGUAUUCAAUCUAAUUUUUGGUCCUUACAUUUCUAAAAAGACCGAAUCAAGACCGAAUCAGUUCGAGACAAUUUAACCAGACCGACUGUAUAGCCACCCUUAUCAUGCGUCACAAUUUAAUCGUUUCCCCAUUCCUUGUCGCGGUGGUGAACCCAAGUGUAAAGUGGAACGUACGACAUAUCAUGGAAUCAACCAACACUUUAUCAGGCAAUUGCAAUUGCUGUGCUGAUCCAUUUGGCCAAAUGAAAUUUGGAUGGUGAUUUUCAUAAUGACUUGUUUUGCAACUUAUGUUUUGCCUUACCCCCAACUCCUUCUUGAACGUUGAUCAAUAGACAAUUAUUUCUUGAAAAUUGAUCAAUAGACAAAAUAAUUGUUACUGCAUAGAAAUAUUUCAACGUGUAGUUAUUACUUACUAGCUUAUUACCUGGCCCGUUGGCCGGAUUACUGUAUGUUACCCACUUGUGGAAUGGGAGAGAAAGCAAGUGAGAGUGAAGGGAUUGGGAUUCCACUUGAUUAGAACCGGCCCACUAAUGCGAUUCUUCCCGACCCGCCCCAACCUAAAGGGUCAGAAAGAGCCAAUAAGAAAAUACGAACGGAGAGAAUUAGUAAUAUAUCUUGACUCUUCAGAAGUGGGUCAAACAGGAUAAAGGUUGGGUGAGGGCAAUUUUUAGCGCUAAGCAGAGUUCUGGGUUGAAUAACUUUACUUAGGCCUAGAAAUUGGUGCUGAUGCAGACUGCAGUUUUUAUCAUACCAUCAUCAAUCAUCAUUGAAUUAGUCCUGGGCAUCCCUCCCCGUUGUCGGUCUGAAUUUUAAUGAUGGAUUCAUUCCUUGCACCAGCCAUAUCAGCGAGUUGUCAUCUCGAGCAUGAUUUGCCUAUGUACAAAUGAUACAAUUAGAGUAUGAAACUGAAUUCAAAGAAAAGGAAAAGAGAAUUCUAUCACAUGCCAAUAAAUACACACAUAAUAGUUGAAGCUAAGUGAAAGUCAUUACUCGCACAUCAAUUCUAAAAAAUUACAGACUAAACAAUGGCUAGAAUGGCACUGAAACUACCAAGAAUCAUGGACGAAACAACUUGUCAAAUUAAAUAAUCCUUAUACUGAAACUACCUUCUAACUUGAAAUAAGACAUGAUCACAGUUCAUAGCACUCUUAUCACUAUGAAUUGGUUGCAGCUCGUCCUUAUCACUACCUCCCAAGCUCAAUUCAAACAGAAUAGACACAGUUAUGUAAGAUAACCAUAUCCUUACUGAUCAUAAUUCCUUUCUUCACUCCAUUUUUGUCGGAGAAAAGAGUUAUCCCCCUCUCAUGCAUUUCCCUUUCCCCCUCUCUUCUCCCUCUUCUUCACAAACCGAUCCCUAAACCAGCAACAACAACACAAAAUAGCCUUCGCCUCUGCCAUCUCCAUCUACUGAACGCGUUGGUGGCAAGACAGGAUUGCAGAAGCAAAAUUUUCUAAAAUCAAACUAAAUUUUUUGAAGGAGACUCAACCACGAAAAAAGAGUAAAGCAACAAUGCUAAUAGUUCAGAUGGUUGGUUUUGAUGUUAUACGUUGCUUUUGUUAUGGUCUCCAGUGUAUCAACUGCAACAGAGAUGUUUCCUCCAAUCAUCUUUAGUGCACGAUUUAGAAGUAAGUCCUCUUGUUUGUGUCAAACGGAAACAUUCAUGGGUUCUUAACUCCCCUGUUAGUGUAAAUGCAUCAGCAGCAAAGAAGUUUGACAACACAGCAAGCACCUAGGCAAAAUGAUACAAUGCAGUAGGUGAUAUGUGUCUCAAAGGUUUUGAGUUACUAAAGUUCAUGUUAAAAAUAAACAUGAAUUAAAAUGGAUUAUUCUAUUAAGCAAACAUCCCCUCUAAUCAUACAAAGAUCAGAUAUCUAAUUCACAAACAAUUAAGCCAUAAAAAAUCAUCACACAUCCACCACCUUUGAUUGCCUAUAUUUGGUUUUUCGCAAAGUUGUGGACUCUUAAGGGUAAAGUUCAUGGGUAGUCUGUUUCAUAACUCUAGAGAGCACACAGUAAGCAGCCACCAACCAGACACAGUGCGGUAGGCGAAUAUGAUUCUCAAUUCACAAUUUCUCACCACCGGAAGUAAGAACAGAACAUAAUAAGCGUAGCGUUCAUGGGUGGUCCGUUUCAUAGCACUACUACACAAUUUGUUAAAAAAGAAAGAAAGGUAUUUAGCAUCACGACGGAACAACUUUUACAGGCCAACAACGACAACAUGCUGCAACCACCAGAACUGGUAUCACAACUCAUAGGGAAAGUCAAAAGAUUUACUCUUAAAUUAAGUAGUUACAACAUCGAGCAAUCGUCAAGCACAUACACCAUCACAAAAGUCACAGAACCUGAUUCACAAAGCAUUCAAACAUUUGAGGACAUUUCUGCAAAGAUACAACUUAUAUGUCUUUUUUCCAAGCCAUUUCCAUCAACAUGCUAAUAAAUUUGCAAUGCAUAA